AUGGCGACCAAGACCGUAUUGUCCUUUGAAGGUGAGCGUGAGCUUGUGAGUGAGACACGUGCAUAUGAACUCGUACGGACAUAUUCAGAUGAGGAAGUACAGCAAGAGUCAUCCGUGUUUACGCAUAUUACACUGCGUAAUAAGAGCUACACCCUCGAGGCCGCACGUGUGAUUGCUGCCUUUUUCUCACGUCUUGAGGCUCGUGGUGCUUUUGAACAGCUUAUUAGCGUGGAUUUUGCCGAUAUAAUUGCUGGAAGGCCCGAAGAAGAGGCACUGCAAGUUUUGACUACACUCUGUGAUGCGCUGAGUGCUAUCAAGAUACUCAGACGUAUCGAUUUAAGUGAUAACGCACUGGGAGAAAAGGGUGUGCGCGCUUGUUUUGGACUGUUACAGCACCAGGAACAGCUUGAGCAUAUAUACUUUUGCAACAACGGUAUCUCUGCCGCAGCUGCAGGUGUCAUUGCUGAGGAGGUUUUGCUCUUCCGUGGUUUGGACACACCAACAAAACUUGAGACCUUUCACUUUUACAACAAUAUGAGUGGAGAUGGUGGUGCUAUUGAAUUGGCCAAGCUACUUCCAGUGUCACCGAGGCUAAAAGACUUGAGAUUUUCAGCAACGCGGGCCCAGAGGGAGGGAAGUCUGGCGUUUGCCACGGCAUUAACGUCACUGAAAAAGCUGGAGAAGCUGGAUUUGAGUGACAAUACGUUCAAGGCGCAGGGUGCUAAGGCUAUCGCUGCAGCAGUGGAGGGCAUGCCAAAUUUGGUAGAGAUCAACUUUCGUGACGCUGCUCUUGAGGAUGAUGGCAUGAUGGCCAUUGCGGAUGCAUUACGGAAAAGUGGCGCAGCGAAGAUAAUGACAGCGUUGGAUAUUUCCGGUAACGAUCUGACUGCUGAUAGUAUGCCAGUCUUGGGACAGAUGCUGCGUGUGAGUGGUGCUCUGCGUGUAUUGCAAAUGGAAGAGAACGAGAUUAGAUCAAAGGGUGCCAAGAUUAUUGCCAAGGCCCUGAAGGUGGGAUCACCGGUGCUAGAGCAGGUUGUGGCUAACUCAAACGAGAUUGGUGCCUCUGGUGCACUUGCACUUGUCAUGUCUGUUGUUGACAAAAAAGCUUUUGCAAAGCUCCACAUGGAUGGAAACGAGAUUUCUGCCGAAGGUGUGGUUAGAAUCGAGUUGCUACUUGAGAGUAAGGACAAGGGGGAUAUAUUGGGGUCACUGGAGGACAACGACGGAGAUGAAGAUACAAGUUUGCUUGACGAGAUUGAUAAUGAUGAGGAAGAUGACAAGGAGUAG